GAUGGCUGAACCAUCGAAUCCACACAAUGUGGAGGGUGAAAACCCUGAACAGCCGAUAGUGGCUGAGGAAGAAGACGAGGAUGAUGAUGUGAAUGUUCCCGGUGGUGGGUUACCGGUGUUGAAGUGGACAAAAGGUAGUUUUAAAACCCUGAUGGCCACUGUUCAGAUGGCCAAAGACUGGAAUGCUACUUUCCCACAAGUGGGGGACACCGGUGCCGAUGCUCCGGCCGGUUAUAUAACCUUGUGGGCGGAUUUUUUCACCCACGGUAACCUUAGGUUGCCGGUGACGGUGUUUGUGGCGGAGGUAUUGGAGUAUUAUCACCUCCAUAUCUCCCAGCUUAGUCCUUUCGGAAUGUUCCGAAUUCGGAAUUUUGAGUACACAUUCCGUGCCCAUGGCCUGCCCAUUUCAGUGGAGAAUUUCCGGCGUUUCUACCAGUUGACGGUGAACACCGGUUUUUUCUCGUUCACUCAAAGGCAUGGGAGUCUGAAGUUGAUGACACCCCCUAAGGGUGUGACAGGCUGGAAGAAGAGGUUCUUCUACGUGAAAGCCUGUGCGGUCUAUGCUAACAUGUCUUUCAGGAACGUCGAUGUUGGAGUUUCCGAUGAAGAUAUUCCUGUUGCUUCCGCAAAGACCGCGGACUGGUUCUCUAGGCUGCGGCCUAUUGAACUCAAGAAGUUGGAUAAUGACCAACUAUGGAUAUUGCGGAUGAUGCUCUCUAGACCGGAUAGGAAGGAAAGACCCGUGUUGCGGGAACAGGGUGGUGCGGAUGCGGUUGGCUUGUGGAGGAUGUUUGAGCCUGAUUUCAAGGGCCAGGUUGAACUGAUCGCGGUUGAGCUGAAGAAAGGUUUCAACCUUGAAAUUCUGAAGAACUUCCGCGUACCAUCAAAAGCGGUGCUGGAAGCCCCGGUUCCGGGGGACGCAAGAGGUACGUCUUACGUGGCAUUAGUUUUUUCAGUUUAUCUUUUUGACUGGUUCUGUUGAUUGUGCGAAUCCAGGUGUCCUUGCGGAUUUGGGGAAGUUUGAGAAACGCGUCCCCAAAAAGACUGUGGAGAAGAAAACGGUAAAAAAGACCGUGCGGGGUCGUGGUAAGGGGAGUGUUGAAGGCUCAGCUGCCCCUUCUUCCGUUUUCGAAGCCGCAGGUACC